CACAGUCGCCAAAACGCCCACCUCGCGACACUUUUCCUCCCGAAAAUCGUGUCUUGGGAAAAAUUUUCCCACCCAGUUUGCCGAUUAAUGUGGCUCCGUGUUGGAGUCCGGCGGUGUGAAGAAAAAAGUGAUUUCAGGAUUCACAUUCAAGUGGUGAUAUUGAGGUUGUGACUUAAGAACGAACGAAACGUCUGGAAGUGCCUGGAAUCCUUUCUAGCACGACCUUCACAGAGUGUGAAAAAAAAAGAAGAAAACUUUCUCCACGCGAGGGGAAAGUGCGCGGAAAAGUAUUGAGAAAAGUCAAAAAAAACUUCAAGUGAAAGUGGAGGAUAAUAUCCAAGAAAUUUUAGCAGUGGAAAGUAAUGCCCAUCAAUGGUGCAACGAGCAAAGGCUCAGGUGGACCAUCGAGGACGACAUUUAGACCGCCAUGGGUGAAGGACAAUGACACUGAUAAGGCUCCAUCGCCGUCGAAACUAAAGUCCGUCACGAAAAGCGAUGGGGUGAAGAAAGCCAGUCCUGAGGCUAAAGAAAAUGGACAACCCACAAAACCCGUUGCUAAGCCCAAGGAACCAGCUGUCAAGCCCAAAGAACCCGCUGUCAAGCCUAAAGAACCUGUCAAGGGAAAAGAAGUAACACCGCAACCUGUUGACUACAGCAAGCCGAAGGAGAUGAACGUGAAGCUGCAGUCGCGAGAAGUGAAAGUGCCCAUAAUGACGGAAACUAGACGUCCUUCGGCACAGCUGCUGAAGCCACGAAAGAAGGAGCCAUCGCCUGAAUCGGAGGAGUCUGAGAGUAUGGAAUCGGGUACGGAGACUUCGGAAGAAUCCUCCGAGGAGGAUACUCCACCACCACGAUCAACGCUGAAGAAAACUGAUUCAAAGUUCGGAAGUCGACGGGAUAGCGAUAAGCUCCCAAGGAAGGACUCAACGACAGAUGCAACGGAUAAACCCAGGAAUAAAUUUAUGCAGGAGGUUAAAUUGAAGCCUGUCCUGAAGAAAACACCAAAUGUCGAUGAAUUGCCCGAGAGGCCAAAGUCAAUGCUUCUGGAGACGCCAGUUCUGAAGAAGGUUGUCAAGCCCGAUCCCGAAACGUUGCCUGAGAAACCACGAAAUGUACUUCCGGAGCAACCUGUCUUGAAGAAGGUUGUCAAGAAGGAGGCACCAAUUGUACCAAAAACCAGCGAUACUGAAUGGAAUAACUUCCAGCUCAAAGCCCCUCCUCCACCCCCUCCCCCGGGCAACAUGCCACCACCACCACCCCCACCACCAACUGCACCGCCCCCACCAGAGUUCCAGAAGAAACCCCUUUCGCAGAAUGCUCAAAAGACGCUGGAUAAGCUACGAACACGUGCUCGACGCCGUCCCGAUUGGUCCGAAAUGAUGGCUGAAGUGGAGCAAGGAAAAAAGCUGCGCCAUGUUGAAUGCAACGACCGUUCACGUCCGAUUCUAACGUGCAAAUCCAUGACGAAAGUCAAGGGGCAAUUUAUAUUUGAAACUGAAAAGGCAAAUGCCCACAAUGUACUGCUGCAGCAAAUUCAGCAGGGUAUCAGGCUGAAACCGACAAAAUGCAAUGACCGCAGUAGACCCGUUCUCGAGGGUCUCCGUAAAUUCCGACGACAGAUGACGAUUGAGGAGCAAAUUCAGAAGUCAGAGUCACGCGCCAACUUUGCAGAACCACCACCAGAGGAGGAGGAAGAUGAAAUGGAUGACAUUGAUAAGUUGCGCGAUGAUCUGCAGAGUACGAAACAAAUGCUGGCGCUGGAGCUACGAAACAAGGAAGCGCAUGAGCGUGAAAAUAAGCGGCUGCUAGCUCGAAUAGCAAAUCUCGAGGCAGAACUGGAGCGAGAACGAUGGUCUAUUACGGGAGAGCCAGUUACGCGUACCAGUACGGUGUCAGCAAUUGAUGAGUCCUUGGUGCAGUCACUAAAAUCCGAAGCAGAAUCAGCACAGAAGCAGGCUUCGUUGCUGGAGAAGAAGUACCAGGAUACGGCUGAGCAGCUGGACAAGGCAAAGACGGAGAUUGAAGAGCAAAAGAGGAAAAUAGCCUUGCUUGAGAAGCAAAUAUCACAGGGUUCAAGACCACAAAUUCAGUGGCAACACUUCUCAUACGAGGACGAUGACGAAGAGGAUGAUUACGCCAUCCAGCAAAGAUCAUUCAGGCGUCAGGGAACUGGCCCAGGAGGAGGUGGUUCGAGGCGGGAUAGUGAAGCACCGGCAAAGGAUAGCUCCCCCGAGCCCGAACCCGAAGUGAGUGAGAGUGAUAGUGAGGAGGAUGAGGCAACAAAGGAGGAGCGCCGGAAACGACGACUGAAUCGUGAAGUUAAGAUGUUGCAGACGAAAUUGUCGAGAAUCAAGGAGAAGGAGAAGGUGGCGAGGAAAGAAAGAAUGGGCCUCAAAGAUGCCAUGAAGAAGACUCAAGUGACCCUCAAGGAAGAGUUGAAGAAGUAUCGCAGCCUGCAGAAGGAGGUUGAUAAGAUGGCGAAACUCAUGAAGGACGUGGAUGUUGAUGAGGACGAGGAGAAGGAUGAGGAGGAUGCUGAGGAAGAGGAGGAGAGUGAGGAGGAGGACGAAUCUGAGGAGUCUGAGGAAUCUGAAACAGAGGAGGAGUCUGAGAGUGAAUCCGAAAAUGAGGAUGCUGAGGAUGAGAAGAAGAAGACAAAUCUGGAGCCACGAGUUAAGCGUCACGAGGGCAUCCUCGCGGCACUCAAGAAGGGUAACUACCUGCAUCAAGCAAAUGUAGAUCGUCUCAAGGAUGAGGUCAUAAAGCAGCGUGAAGCUUCAGAACUACUCCAGCGUGAUCUGGACUCUGUCCUUUCGGAGCUCGGCUGAAGACUGAUGCACCACCCCCUUGAAAGCUGCACCUGUGGGCUUGCACCUGAAGAGAGAGAGAACGCCGAAGAAAUUGAAUUUGCUUUUGGAAUUUCCUUUAUACCGCUUUCAUCGAGCUACUAUAUACUUUUUGCAUAAACGUCUCUUUUUUUUUAUUUAAUUCUCUUCCGCAUAAAACACUAAAAUAUACUUAUAACACCUUAAAACAAUUUCAAUAUUAUAUAUAAUAGUUUAAUAUCGGGAGAAGUGAAAACAUACUUUAUAUAUACAAUUUUACUCUGAA